UAAUCAUUGUCGUUAAAACGAUGCAAUCAUGGUUGUACAAUAGUACGUGUGACAAGAGUAAAAUCGACAUGCGAUUGGUUCAAAUAAAUAAAUGCCAAAUGUGAUUGGCCAAUAUGGUAAUCCAGGUUAUAGCUAGUGAAGCACGCAUGAAUUGAGUGUGACGUCACCAUCAGUACUCGCAAUCGGCCAUUUUGUGAGUGUGUGCUGGAUCGGGAUAUUUGUGUUAAAAAGCUUUUCCAGUAAAACCGAAUGAUUUAGUUUACGAGACGGACUCACUUUACUUUUAUUACAUGUGCUAAGAGUGCGGGCUAUCCGUAGACUUCACGCGUAGAUUUGUACGAUGGAGGAAAAGGCGUCGUUGAAAGAACUCGACCAAUGGAUAGAACAAUUAAAUAACUGCCAACAACUAACAGAAAGCCAAGUAAAAUCACUGUGCGAGAAGGCAAAAGAAAUCUUAGCUAAAGAAUCUAAUGUACAAGAAGUAAAAUGUCCUGUAACAGUAUGUGGAGAUGUACAUGGACAGUUUCAUGAUUUAAUGGAACUGUUUAGAAUAGGAGGCAAAUCUCCAGAUACAAAUUAUCUUUUUAUGGGUGACUAUGUAGACCGUGGCUAUUAUUCUGUUGAAACUGUUACCUUGCUUGUUGCACUCAAGGUCAGAUAUAGAGAAAGAAUAACUAUUUUAAGAGGUAAUCAUGAAUCAAGACAAAUUACACAGGUAUAUGGAUUUUAUGAUGAAUGUUUGCGUAAAUAUGGCAAUGCUAAUGUAUGGAAGUUCUUCACGGACUUAUUUGAUUAUUUACCAUUGACUGCAUUAGUAGAUGGUCAAAUAUUUUGUUUACAUGGUGGUUUAUCACCUUCGAUUGAUACUUUAGAUCAUAUACGUGCUCUAGAUCGUCUCCAAGAAGUACCACAUGAGGGUCCUAUGUGUGAUCUUUUGUGGUCAGAUCCAGAUGAUAGAGGAGGGUGGGGUAUUUCUCCUCGUGGAGCAGGAUAUACUUUUGGACAGGAUAUUUCAGAAACUUUUAAUCAUUCUAAUGGCUUAACAUUAGUAUCACGAGCACAUCAAUUAGUUAUGGAGGGUUAUAAUUGGUGUCAUGACCGCAAUGUUGUAACCAUCUUCUCAGCACCUAAUUAUUGCUAUCGUUGUGGAAAUCAAGCUGCAAUCAUGGAAUUAGAUGAUGCUUUAAAAUAUUCAUUCCUUCAAUUUGACCCAGCUCCAAGACGCGGCGAACCACAUGUUACUAGGCGGACACCAGACUAUUUCUUGUAAAGAGUCAAAUCCCUGAGUUAUCUAUUAAGGUAGGGGUAUGGAAAUCAGGCUUUAUAGCAAUGCCACUAAACAUAAUUUAUGAUAGAACAUCAAUAAAAGUGUAAGGUUGCAGCUAUCCUUACACAUUAUAUUAUAGUCUCAAGUAUUAUAUCAUGACUCACUUUGUGGUGUCUUGUUGAGAAAGGAACACACAACUGAGUAUUUCGCGUGUGUCCCACACCAUACAUGUAGACACAACAUUAAUUGUAUACAAAUAGAAGAAAACAAACAAUAAUGUACACACGUACCAAUUAAAAUUCACGUAUCGCAUUAAGUUCUAUUUCAUUGUAUUGCUUGUAUUUUUAUUAUCAAGAAACAAAACAAAAAAAAAUGAACAUAAUAAGUAGAAAAAACUGCAUGGUAUCGUUUUGAAACCUUAACAAAUAUUAACUUAUUGAAAAACUGUUUAUACGAGCAAAAUUCUUUGUUGCGUGUACUGAAUAGAAAUAAUGUUGCUUAAGGUUUCAAAAAAUAUACCAAAAUGAUAAUAGUUUAUAUUUAAGAGAGUGUCACAUAAUUAUUAGAAUGAAUGGAGCAUAAAAUGUUCCACUUGAGAGGAAUAUAAAAAGGGUUGAUGCAACAGUAAAUUCGGCAUAUACAAAUUGUGCCAUAUGAACAAUUUAAUAAAUUCUUUAGUGAAUUUUAUUAAUGAUUGUAAUAUAGCAUUACACAUAAUAAUUCAUCAGAAUCAUAGUAAUCGAUAUUUUUGUUUAUAAUAAUGAUGUUUUAUUAAAUAGAUCAAAAUAAUUUUGUGCAAGUCCUAUUUUUAUAAUUAUCCUACAAAAAUAUAAUUUAAUGCAAACUCAUCAUUUAUGUUUAUUCUGUAGCAUUUAUUUUAUUUCACUUAUGCUAUUAUUCCUUUUAUUUUUCAAACUUAUUUGCAUAAAUGCAGUUUUUAAAUGUUUAUAUUAAAUAUAAAUCUAUAUGAUCAUCUUAAGUUUUAUAAUUUAAGAAUAAAAAAGACUUUUGCAUCAAUCCUGUUAAAACUUUCUAAGUGAAACACAUACUUUAUACUGAACGAAUUCACAAUCAUUAAAUUGAAAGUUAAUUGCUUGUGAACCUACCGACAACUUUUUUACUAAUUAAUAGUAUAAAAUGAUGCUUCUGGUAAAUAAACAUGUGUAAUGCAAGUUAAAUGAAUUUACUGUGUUGUGUCAAAUCAUUCAUACUCGUCAAUACACAAGCAUUGUAUACAUAAGCAUUGAAUGUAUUCACAGAAUACAUAAUUUUAUAGAAAUAAGCAUGUAAUUUGAACAUAUGCAUAAUGAAACGAUACAGUAGUAGCAAUAAAGUAAAAAAAAAAGGUGAAAAAUGUAUAGAUGCACAUUAUAGCAAUUUACUAAGACUGUAAAUGUAAAAGAAAA